UGAGGGUGUCUGCACCUCCAUGUGGGAGGCAGACAGAGAAACUGAGAGGCCCUUCUGCCCCAGCGUGGCCCCAGAGAGAUAGGACAAGGGAAACCAUGGUGGGCUGGUUAGAGCCCCUGGGAUGCCCAGCACUCCAACUUCGACCUUGGCAAAGGUUACUGUACCCCUCCAGCCCCUGGCAGUUGUCUCUGGCAACUCGUCCCACUUGACAGGUGAUGGAGUUUGGGUCUGGAGGCUGCCUACCUACUCAGGCCCAUGACAACUUAGGACAGAGCUGGACUGAACUUUGACUCCUCCUUACCCAGAGAGGCAGCAAGCAGAGACACUGGGGUAGAGGGGACCCCAGGCUGAACGCCUGGCUAGCUAUAAGGACCAGGGGUCAGUUGGCCCCCAUUCUCCCAUGGGCAUGUGCCCAUGCAGAAUGACACAGGGACAAGGCAGGGCUCACGGCACACAGACUGCCCAUGGCCUCACCUGGGGCUCCCUGUGCCCCACUCCCUGCAGUCAUUCUCAGGCCCCCACCCCCACACACUCCAAAAAUCUGCCCUCACUCCUCACUUCCUAUCAUACCAGCAUUUCCUGGAUCAGCUCUGAGGAUCUUUUGGGGCUCACCACACAGGCCCAGACCCCACCUGGGUGAGGCCCCUCCUGGAGUGUCCACUGACUAGGGCACAACCUCCAUGAGAGCAUAGGCCCAGGUCCUACAAUGUAAUUGCUUACCCCAUGAGUGGGUGAGGAUGCCCACCCAGGACCCUCUCUAUUGGGGCUCCCACAGAACAGGCAUGCUCUGCACUUCCAUGGAUAUACCACCGGGCCUGGGGUCUGGCCACAAGGUGCCUGAGCUGAAUGGCAGGGAUCCUGGCCCCAGUACCAGCUUAGGCCUUGUGCCCAGUGUGACCUUGAGUGUCCCUUCCCCCCUUUGUGCUCCAGACUCCUGAGGUAAAUAGCACCUCCCUUUGGGUGCCCCUCCCUCCAAGGUUAAUGGAUGUUAAAGUGCUUCUGGAAGAAAUACACUUUGGACACAACAGUGUGCAGCCUCCCUCUGCCCUGCUGGGAGAAUUGUUGGCUCACACAACCACAGCAGCAGGCUCUGGGCCCCUUCAGUGAGAGCCAGGUGAGCAGGUAAGGGAGCCAGGUGAGCAGCCUCCUGACCCUCCAAUGGAGGAAUCUUGAGAAAAUAUAACAACCCACUUGCAAGCCAGUCUGAGUUCCAGAGGAGCCCAACUUGGGGACCAUGCAGAGGCUAAGUCUCCCUGGACCCCUCCACCCCCACAUCCCGACGUGCGACCGUCGUGCCGACGUGAACGCUUUGGAAACAGGAAGAGUGAAGGGAAGGCACGCUCCAAAAGGGCCGGUCUGGCCGAAUUCGGCCCUAUACUUUCCACCACGACCGCUCGCACACGCAAGGUACUGACCUGAGCCCCCAACCCAGGGUGAGGACCUGGGCACUGUGCCCACUCCAGGUGAGCGCACAGGUGCCUCCAGCUUUCAGGCUGCGCCCCCGGGUCGGGCGCCAUGACGGGCCUCUUAGGGCGCGUAUCACUGCGGAGACUGUUGUGCGGACGGCGGACCCCGGUCCCCAGUCUGCUAGUGCGCCCCAACUCAGGAGGGCCCUCCUGGACCUGGGAGCGGACCCUGGUGGCCGUGAAGCCAGAUGGGGUGCAGCGGCGGCUUGUUGGGGAUGUGAUCCGGCGUUUUGAGAGGAGGGGCUUCAAGCUGGUGGGGAUGAAGAUGCUUCAGGCGCCGGAGAGCGUCCUUGCUGAGCACUAUCAUGACCUUCGGAGGAAACCCUUCUACCCAGCCCUCAUCAGCUACAUGAGCUCUGGCCCUGUGGUGGCCAUGGUCUGGGAAGGCCCCAAUGUGGUCUGCACCUCAAGGGCCAUGAUAGGACACACUGACUCAGCUGAGGCUGCUCCUGGCACCAUUCGAGGAGACUUCAGCUUCCACAUUACCAGGAACGUCAUCCAUGCCAGCAACUCCGUGGAGGAGGCCCAGAGGGAGAUCCGGCUGUGGUUCCAGAGCAAUGAGCUGGUGGACUGGGCAGACGAAGGCUACCGCAGCAGCCUCUACCCAUCCUGAGCCUCAGGAUGCCCUCAGCUGUCCCAGCAUCCACUUGGGACCAACUACCUCUGUCCACAUGAACUUGAGCCCACCCCUGUGUUCUGCCUGUCUGUCUUAGACCACUUCCCUGUUUACCUUCCACCCCAGCCCAGAUCAGCUGAGCCAACUUUAUGUGCCUUUUGUAUUCUAAGCCAGCAAGAGAUUGGAUCAAAUCCUUUCCAUACCACGAUGCCAGACCACCUUUGGGGUGUCUCCAGAAAUGGGUAGUUUAUUCUCCACUCCCCCAAAGGGGAGACAUUAAAACUCACUGUGCUGUGCAUGGGGGUGGAGUGCUUAUUAAGACUGGGUACAAAUGAGGCCUUUAUGCAAAGUUGUAAGUGGUUUGAGAGUAGAGAUGAAACUUACCAUCUCAUAAACCCAUAGGGGAUCAAUAACUGUAGAAUGUAUGAUUUUGGCAGAGGUCCAGAGACCUCCAACCUAAAAUUUUGGGGAAUCCAACCUGGGCCUUGAAGUUGGUGCUGUCCCCACCUCCAGCUGGUCUGAUUCUGCUGGAGGAGCCACCUGCCUUGGGCAGGAUUGGAGGUGGCAGGAAGGAGUGACAGAGACCACCCUCAGGGCAAAGAGCCUGCUAACCAUGGCCUUCCCCCCCUUCAUGUCUUCCUGUGGCUGCCUGGUGUCCACUUGUUUUCAUGUUGACACUGUAUCUCACCCCUCGCUCCUGGUCCUCAGGUGUCCCUACUUGUGACAGGUCCUGGACACUGCAUGUCAUUACACCUCCUGAGAUUGACCUGGUCCUCGUUUUAUUUUUCUUUUGCCUUCUGAUGAUGGAUGCCCUAGUCCGUGCCCUGACGUUUAUCACUCUCUAAAUGGGUCAUUUUGGGAAAUGGCACUGUGGCUGGACAAACGAAGUAAAGGCCUUUCUU